CUUUCACGAGUUCUGCAUCCGGGGCUGGUGCAUUGUGGGGAAGAAGCAGACCUGUCCUUACUGCAAGGAGAAAGUGGACCUCAAGCGGAUGUUCAGCAACCCCUGGGAGCGGCCGCAUGUGAUGUACGGACAGCUGCUGGACUGGCUGCGCUACCUGGUGGCCUGGCAGCCGGUCAUCAUCGGACUGGUGCAAGGGAUUAACUAUAUUUUGGGGCUGGAGUAGCCCCCCCCCAUUCCUGCCCCGGAGCCCGGACUCCCCUGGGGAGCCAAGGAGGCCUUGGGAGACCCCC